GUAGUGUGACGUUAUUGGUGUCAUAAUACAAAGCGACAGUGUUCUUUAAAAAUCUGUCAGGCCGAGGUUGCUAUAGAAACGGUGUCAACUACAGUAUAUCCGAAGUAGAUGCUGCUAAAUUAUAAACGCAGAAUAAACUCAGGCCUGGUGAUAUGGAGUAUAUUGGUAGCAGAUAUGAAGGAGACUUCAAAAACCGAAGGAUGGAAGGGAGAGGGGAGUAUACCCUCCCAACAGACACCAGAUAUGUGGGUGAGAUGAAGGAUGGCAUGUUUCAUGGAGAAGGGACGCUGUAUUUUCCAGGUGGAAGCAAGUAUGAAGGGACUUGGGAAAGAGGAAUAGCUAAAAAGUGCUUUGUUUUACAGGGGAAAUACACCUUCGCCGAUGGACUGGAAUACAAGGAGACAGACUGGGAGUACUGUGAUGGGUAUGAAAGACGUUUCUACACAGAAGUGUGUGACGGACUUAAACCAGCAGGUCAGUCACAGCUCACCAAUUUAGAUCCACCUCGUGUCAUCCCAGAAGGGUGCUAUGACUGUGGAGAUGGAUUCUAUAAUCCUAACACCAGAGUGAUCACAGAUUACAAAAAUCAGUUUCUGAGGAAUGCAGAUGAUGACGAACAUGAAUGGAUAAUCCGGACCUGUCGUAAAGGCUGGGAUGAAAUAGUUGGGCACAAACCUGGAAAUUAGAAAACUAUGUGGUUGUUUUCAUUACACAAACUUUAUCUGAGCUAACAUAUCCCUAUCCUACACUCAAAUAAAUGUACAUUUAGUGUAAGUCAUUUAUGGUUUCCAGAUGGUUAGUUACAUGUAUUUCUAGCUUUAAUUUGAAGCUGUGUGCUUUAUUUUAAUCCCAUUAUUAAUAUGCAUUGCACAUAGUGUGUAUUAUUGCAGCUAGCAUGCAGAAUAGAAUCUAAUAUCUGAUUAAACAUAAAAGCUGAAUGAAAGCAAGGAAAAGUAUUCGGCACACCUAUAAAAAUGCACCCCUACAAAUUAAAUUCCCAUUUCAUUAUUUUUUAUCACUCUAUUAGGAGGUUUUAAUUUUUUUAGAAAUAAUUGAAUACACACUUGAUAAAAUUGAUAUUUUCAUCAAGAUAGAUUAUGUUAGGUCUAUCAAAGAUAUUGAAAUAUCAUUGUUGCAUUAACCCUCUAUGUAGCCUGACAAACAGCAGGUUGUCAUAUCUAUUCCAAUCCAAUAUAACACAAUAAAAGAUAAAUCUUUACAGUUUUAA